CCUAUUUAAUAUUCAUACCAAAAGGAAGAGGAAAAUAAAUUUCCAGUUGUAAACAUAUUUGUGGCUAACGCUGAACAUUGUCAACACUCACUUUACAUGCUUCAAAUUCUUUCUAUUCUCACCUGUCAACACUUAGCCAUCACAGAAAUAAAAAGUUUCAAAGCGAAGCCCAGCCAUGCAAGUAAUUGAAACCUUUUGAGCAACACAAAUUCCCAAAGAAUUCUCUUUUCAGACACCCAUUUGCAAUUAGUACUAAUUUGUUAGCAGGGAAAAAUAUAUAUAUUUUUUUUGUUGUUGUAAAAUCGCCAUGCUUUUCCAUUUUGAUCUGAAAGAAUUUCAAGAAAAGGUGUCCACUCAGCUCCGACCUUGGCAACGCUCUUUCCAGUUCUGGGUUCGCGCUGCUGAUAUUUAUACUGGUUAUAAAGUAUUUCAGGUAAGAGCAAGUUUUGAGAAGGAUGUGCAGAAACAGGAGGUGAUGUGGGAGAAGCAGCACGAGGUUGCUGCUGACAAGAUAUAUAGCAUGUGUUCUGAGCUUGGUGGGUUUUUCCUCAAGGUUGCCCAAAUAGUUGGGAAGCCAGACUUGGCGCCAGCUCCAUGGGUCAAAAGGCUUGUUACUCUAUGUGAUCAAGCACCUGCUACACCAUACAAUGUGAUUAGGGUAGUGCUUGAGAAGGAGUUGGGUCAAAAUUUUGAUGAUUUGUUUCAAUAUUUUGACAAGGAUCCACUAGGCUCUGCUUCAAUUGCUCAGGUUCAUCGAGCAAGACUAAAAGGUGACAAGAAUGAUGUUGUCGUCAAGGUCCAACAUCCUGGAGUUCAGGAAUUGAUGAUGACUGAUAUCCGCAACUUGCAAGCCUUUGCGUUGUAUAUUCAAAAGACAGAUGUCAAGUUUGAUCUGUUCUCUGUUACCAAGGAAAUGGAGAAACAGAUUAGCUAUGAAUUUGACUUUGUGAGGGAGGCUGAAGCUAUGGCAAGAAUUCGGCAUUUCCUUUGCCAGAAUAACAAAAAAUCCCCUGUUCGGGUACCUCAUGUGAUACGAGACAUGGUCAGCAGGUAUGCUCAGAUAAGUUUGCUUCAGCGUAAUUCAACCAAAUACGACGAGUCUUACAAGUGGAGGGUUCUAGUUAUGGAAUACAUUGAUGGCAUACCCAUUUUGAAGCUAGGAGAUGAAAUGGCGAAGAGAGGCAUACGUGAUGGCAAGUUAGCGGCAGUUGCAAAACAGAAUAUCCUUAAAAAUUUGUCACUUGCUUAUGGACAAAUGAUACUCAAGAGUGGUUUCUUCCAUGCAGAUCCUCAUCCGGGAAAUAUUCUGAUCUGCAAAGGGUCCGAGGUUGCAUUGCUUGAUUAUGGACAAGUGAAGGAUCUACCUGAUGAACUGAGGCUUGGAUAUGCUAGGUUGGUUCUUGCGAUUGCUGAUAAUGACCCUUUAAGGGCAUCAGAGAGCUACAGGGAUCUUGGUAUCGAGACCUUGAGCAAAUGUCAGGAUGAACAAAAUGAACUGCUUAGACUGGCGCAAACAAUGUUUGACACAAAAUUACCGCCUGGAGUUACAAUGCUGCAACCAUUCUCAGAAGAAUCUUCUAUAAAGAAGAUUGCUGUUAAGGCUUUUCCAGAGGAACUGUUUUCUGUUCUCCGUACAGUGCACAUCCUGAGAGGACUUAGUGUUGGUCUGGGAAUUAACUUUUCAUGUGCCGAGCAGUGGAGACCCAUUGCUGAAGAAAUUCUGUAUGCUGCAGGAAGACUUUCAGACUCUCAAACUUGGCCUCACCUGGCAAGCAUGCACUCCAGUUUCGAUGGUGCACAUCUAGACACCUCAACUUCUCAACUAGCAACUGAACUCUAAAUCGUCCCCACGACGUGAUACAUAAAUUUUGAAGGUGUCUGGAUCAUUUUGUAAGUUGGAAUGUUCAAUUGAUACAUCAAAGACGAGUUGGGGUGUCUUAAGAGUGUUUAAUUGUCAGUUGAGGCCAAGUUAAAGUGUCUAUGUAUUAUGCCUUUUUUUGGGGGGUUCCCUGGUCGAGAUGCUCUGCUUACAUACAGGCUACAGCAAUUUAUGUCUGCCGUUUCUUCCUUUUCCAAGUAGGCCAUUUUUCUUUAAUCUGAUGGUAUGAUUUUAUGUUGGUAAUUAGUUCCCAAAGCACAAACUAAGCAAUUUUUCUUCUUUGGCUUACGUUUCCUUUAAUAUUGCUCAUUUACUCGCAGCUAAAGAUCUGAAGAAAAUACAUAGACAUGGAGCGACUGGACGAAGAUUUUGCAGAUAAUGGAAAUGAUUUGUAAUUUGUCAUAAUCAAAUUGAUGCCCUUAGUUGCAUCCUUGUCAUGGAUAAUUCAAUUAGAAUUGUUUCCUUUUACCACAUGUAUUGGCAUAGAAAGGAAGUUUUGUCACACUACUAGCAGUAGUUGGUGCUGAAAAAAGACAUUGACUACUAGCUGUAGUCUUAUUUCAGGAAAAUUGUUAGGUUGUAUCUUGAUUUUCUGGGUUCAUAGGAGAGUUGUGUUUCUCCAAAAAAUUUUGCUGCUGUGGACAAACAACCAUUUGGUGAGCAAUGAGAAGUGAUUUUUUUUGUG